CUCCAAUAUAUAUAGUACGCUGGCCACAUACUGAAUACACUGUGUACUUGUAGUACAAUAUCAAAACUUGUUGUUGAUCACCCUCAGCAGAGAACUUCGUAGACUAAUAAGUAUGCAUUUCAACCUUUUGCGUAUACACUCUAAACGAGGUCGUUCAGUGAGCCCGAAAGUAGCUAAGAAUGGAUGUCCGCCUCACCACGAGUUAGACGCUUGCAGCGAUAGAAUCAGCUUGGUCAAAUCCAACGAUAAACUACAGAGGCCGAACAAAAUAACGAGUAGAAUAGGUGCUGCCAUACCACCGUCUGGUGCGAGGAAAUCGAAAGAGCGGGUCGUGGAGGCGCCUGCGGUACCGGAAUAUAUAGUGAAUCAGGUGAAUGAUGAUCUAAGGUGGGCCAAAUUCCUUGAGGAGCAGAGGGCUAUUGUACAAGAAAGACUUGGACAACAACAGCAGAAAGAGUGCGAUACAAAGAGCAGUAGAUGACAGAAGAAUAAGAAUAAAUAGGUAGAAUAGGAGCAGUAAGUGAUCCUGUUGCAUAAACGGGAUCUGUAGCACCGUCAGGCCCACCUACCUAAGCGUAUUUCAUGGUGGAUGUAUAUGAACGUAAGAUCGGUUAUGGUCGGCAGAUCCAAG